AUUUUGCAGUGUCCAUUUUUGUAAUCGGUUCUAUACGAUAAUAGUUUAGUAAAAAUUACUUAGUUAGUCCAAUAUUUUCAUCAAAUUAUGUUAAAGAAUACCAAAGGAAUCAGAAGUUAGCAAGUCAAAUGCCACGAUAUCGACGUAAUCGUAAAAAAUCACCAAAGAAACCAGCGAAAUCAGCAGAGGAAGAAUCUGAUUUGCCUGGUUUUUUCUAUGAUAAAGUAAAGAAGCGUUACUUUAAAAUCCUCUCAUCUCAUGACAAUCCAGGGAGUUCUUUGACCAAGGAUUCAAUUCGAGCUAGUGAAAACUCAAGGAAAAUUUCAGAAAAACUACAUUCAACGAAUUCUAAUAUAGUUCAAAUUCUCCAACAAAGGCAGUUCUCAAAGCAGUUAAACUUUACAGGCAGAUUAAUAACGAAUUUAGUGAAAAACUCCAGGGUAACUACGGAAUUGAGACCAUUUCCAGAGAGUCACACUGUAGAAAGAUUAGACUGGUCUGACGAGAACAUCUUAAUAGAAGCGGUAACGCCAUGCGGAAUAAGUAAUAUUUAUUCUGCCAAAAGAAACGAUUACUUGGAUUUAAACCUUCGGGAAUCUUUCUCAGAUUUUAGAACCCAUUGUUUCUGUUUAGCACAUAAUACUGACUUUAUAAUAAUUCAAAGCCCUUUUGAGCUGUACAAUUCAGGGAGAAAAUACAGAUUGGUAUACGUAACUGCUGAAGGACAAAAACAGGUAUACCUACUCUCUUGCAAAAAUGUUUGGUGUGUGGCAUGGAGUUCUAUUUUGAAGAAAACAUGUUAUGGUAUGCAGGGAAAGGCUGAAAUAUUAGACCCAUUGAAUAGAAAAUCGUGGUUCCUUCAAACGGACUAUUCUGACGUUUUAUCUUGUUGCUUUGGUCAGGGAGAUAGCAGCAAUUUAAUUUUUAAUGGGUCCAGGCCGGGUAAAAUUUAUAUGCACGAUAUAAGAAAUUCUGGAAUAAAAUUUACUGGUCUUAUUAAACACGGUGGACAUGCUAGUGUCAUAACAAACUUAUAUUGCCAAAACAACAUGCUUCUGUCAGCCGAUUAUAUGGGCAAUAUUUUCAGAACUGAUUUGAGGAAUUUGAAAAAACCUCUUCUUACUUAUGGAUCCUCAUUUAACAAAUCCAGAGUUGUCAAUAUGGCUUUUAACGAUAGAUUUUUAGCCAGUUCGGGUGUAGACGGUUCGAUAAAAGUUUGGGAUGUUAACACAGGCAAUUUUCUGUUCAAUAAAGAAGGUAGUAGUGAAUGGGAUAGACCUUUUGUCUAUUGGGGCUCAGAAAGUACAUUGUUUAUGAUUCAAGACGAUGAAAUUCAGGCACUCAAUAAAUUCUAAUUGCAGAAAAUAUUUUGGCUCUUAAUAUAGGAUAACAAUAAUUAACUUGCAUAAUCAGAUUAAAGUAAAUGCUUAUGUUUGUUAAUGUGUCCCUGAGUAUUAAUAAUAAAAUAUCUAAUACAUGCUGUUUUAUGUUUCAUUAA